AUGAAGUUGGUGAAGUUUAUUAAUUGUGACGCCCCCCGCGUUCCUGCUGAUGCAUUUGAAGUUUUAGUGGAAGAAGAACGAAUUCGUGUCGCUCCCAAUUCACGCGCUGGUAAUGUUGGCAGUCGGAAGAAUGGGAAUAGCGCAGAGAUGGUGCACAGCUGGCGAGUGGUGAGCUCCGCCCCAUCCACCACCGGUUGUUAUUGGCUAUUAAAUGAUGAUAACACCCCUAUUGGGCCCAUUGAUGAGGUGAUGCUUGCCGUACGCGAUGACACACACAAGAAUAAUAAUAAUAAUAAUAUUAAUAAUAAUAAGAGAACUCCCGCGGGUGUUGAGGAAUCACACGUGGAGGGGGUCGAUCUCCGCAGCAAAAUGGGCCGCCAGCUGCAACGCACCCGCGAGGAGUACGGCCAGACGUUCAAGACGGCCGCGAAGAAUGCGGCGCUGCUGAUGGACGCGGAGCGGCUCAAGACGGGGCGCGAAGAGAAGACGAAGUUGGAGCGCAAGCGGGUGGUGGAGGCAAUUGAGAACGGCGAGGAGCCCGCGCGGAAGACCCGCGUGAAGACAGAAGGCAGCAGCUCAAAGCGGGGAUAA